AUUUCGCUGGGAGCUCACAACACAGCAGCCCAACUGUACUUUGUUGGCUGGGAAGUUGGAGAAGGGGGUAGAGUACAAAUCUAGAUCUGUCCUAUAUAUAUAUAUAUUUUUUUUUUUUUUUCCCUUCACUGAACCGUGCUUUGUAUGAUGUCUGAGAAUGUCCAUUUCUGGGACUCUUAGCAAUUAUUAUGUCGACUCCAUUAUAAGUCAUGAGAGCGAAGACUCGCCUUCAGCUAAAUUUUCGUCUGGGCAAUAUUCGAGUUCCAGGCAAGCUGGGCACAAUGAGCAUCUAGAAUUCCCCUCCUGUAGUUUUCAGCCAAAACCUCCAGUUUUCAGCGCCUCCUGGACUCCUUUGAAUCCACAUUCUUCUGGUACCCUUCCUGCCGUCUACCAUCCAUAUAUUCAACAUCAAAGCGUCCCAUCUGAGAGCAGGUACCUCCGGAGCUGGCUGGAUCCAGUACCCAGGGCAGAGAACCUCCCCGGGCAGGGAUCUGUUAAGGCAGAGCCGCUGCUGGGCCGUCCCGGGGAUGUCCAUAAACAGGGAACACAGGAGUACAAUUUAGAAACUUCUGCUGCAAGGGAAGGGAUCGUUUCCAAUCAAAGGCCCAGCUUCGAGGACAAUAAAGUUUGUGAAGGAAGCGAAGACAAAGACAGGACAGAUCAAACCAACCCCGCUGCCAGCUGGCUGCACGCCCGCUCCUCCCGGAAAAAACGAUGCCCUUACACCAAAUACCAGACCCUGGAACUAGAGAAGGAGUUUUUAUUCAAUAUGUACCUGACGAGGGACCGUAGACACGAAGUGGCCAGACUCCUCAACCUGAGUGAGAGACAAGUCAAAAUCUGGUUUCAGAACCGAAGGAUGAAAAUGAAGAAAAUGAACAAGGAGCAGGGCAAGGAAUGAAAAAAGCAGAAAAGCAGCAAACCCCCCCCCCCUCAGCCCCUUUCCCCCUGUCCCAGGCUCCUCGGCAGCUCAACCCCCCUGUAGCGCUGCCGAAUCCCCCCGAAACGAGGGAGAACACCCCCCUCCCCCUUUUUUCCCCCAUCUCCACCUUUGCAUGCGACAUGUUGCUUAUUAUUCUUUCUUCCUUUUGUUUUUUAUUUUUAAACCUUCUCAGUGCUGCCACUUAGGAGGCAACUUAGCCAGAACUGCAGCUCCUUUUUGGGGGACACACGCUGGGUUUUGUUUCUCUUUUCUUGUUUUCUUUUUCUCUUUUUUUUUUUUUCCUUUCUCCC